UCUGUGGCUGCGGACGAGGGUCCAAUUGUCCCGUGGGAAUGUGCAUCGCAGUGGAGUUUGGGCUGAACAUUGUGAUCUGCAGUUGGAAAGAGUCGGCAGAGUUUGAGUUAUUCAUUCAGAGGCGUUCGAGGCUGGCGGUGAAGCUAAAAUAACAAACAAGAGCACUUAUCUCUGCCUCUCCUAGGUGCAUGGCCCUUUAAAUUAGAAGCAAGGAAUUCUGCCCAUUCUCAUUACAAAUAAAUAAAUUUCCAUAUCAAAGAGACCCUGUUCCACUUAAAGACACUGUCUUUAAGGCAGCCGAGAUCCUGAGUCGUCCUGCUUAAAUUUCCUGGGCGGGAGAAGAAAUAUCCCAGAUCUUGCUAACUCCACAUCUGCGGAGCGGAAGGGAAAUCUUGAGUCACCACGUGGAAUAAUCUCCUCCCGGGAAACGGAAACAUAGCAAUUCGCACACGGAAAGCGAAGAAAAGGCAACCAAGCUCUCUCUUCCUGGCGAUGGCUGCUUCUGGGGGUGCCGUGCAGGAUCUCUGCGAGGAAGCCACUUGCUCCAUCUGCCUGGAGUGUUUCAGGGAUCCGGUGAUCAUCCCGGAGUGCGGGCACAACUUCUGCCGAGCAUGCCUGAUCCAGUGCUGGGAGAAGUCCGAGGGAGAGGCUUCCUGCCCUCUGUGCAGAGAAAUCAUUCAGCACAGGACCCUCAUCCCCAAUCGGCCGCUGGCAAAUGUUGUGGAAAUACUGGGAGCCGAGAAAGUCUCCCUUCCAGGGGGAAAGGGGGCAGAAGGAAAGGGGAGGGUCUGCGAGAAGCACCAGGAGCCCCUGAAGCUCUUCUGCAAGGAGGAAGAAGCCCCCAUCUGUGUGGUGUGUAAUGUAUCCAAGGAGCACAAAGGCCACGAGGUGAUCCCUCUGGAGGAGGCGUUGCAGGAGUACAAGGAUCAGAUCAGCAGCUGCCUAGACAAUGUGAGGAAGGAGAGAGAGAAAAUUCUGGUGUUUAAAGCAGAUGCAGAAAAGGAAAGCCAAUACCUGCUUAAACAAACAGAUGCAGAGAGAGAAAAGAUGGUAGCUGAGUUCAGGCGACUGCACCAGUUUCUGGAAGAACAAGAGAAACUUCUUUUGGCUCAGAUGGCAGAAGUGGAGAAGGAGAUUGCAGCCAAAAGGGAGGAGCACCUGGCCAGACUCUCCAGGGAACUCUCCUCUCUUGACAGCCUCAUCCGGGAGAUGGAGGAGAAGCUUCAGGAACCAGAGAGUGAACUCCUGCAGGAUAUUGGAAGCUCCUUGCAGAGGUCUCAGGAGAAGGAGAACUUAGAGGAUCCUCCUGUGGCUUUUCCUCCUGCCCUGAAGUGGAGGACCUGGGACUUCUGUGAUAUGAAUCUCUUCCUGGAGGGAGUCAUGAAGCAGUUCAAAGGCACUCUGGACUCUGGACUUCAGCUGCAUCAAGAAAACGUCACAUUGGAUCCGGACACAGCAAAUCCCUGGCUCUCCCUGUCUGAGGAUCGAAAGAGUGUGCGAAGGGGGAAAGUGUUUAGAUACCUGCCAAACAACCCUGAGAGAUUUGACACAUAUGGCUAUGUGCUGGGAUGUGAGGGUUUCACAACAGGCAGACAUUUCUGGGAGGUCAUUGUGGGAGGUGAGGAGGGGUGGGGGGUGGGGGUGGCCAGAAAGUCUGUGAAGAGGAAGGGCAAGUUCUGUUUUGAUACUAGGGAAGGGAUCUGGGGUUUGGGGAAGUGGGGCGGUGGGUACGAGUUAUCCUCCCCCCAUGAGUUCCCUCAUCCAAGGAGGAAGCCCAAGAGGAUCCGAGUGGCCCUGAACUUUGAAGGGGGACGGGUGUCCUUUUACGAUGCAGACACAGCAGUCCUCCUCUACACAUUCUCAGCAGCCUCCUUCUCAAGAGAGACCCUCCAACCCUUUUUUUACGUGUCUGCCAAAGGCCACCUGACAAUCUCUUGCUCCAUAUCAUAUUUGGACGCAUUGAGUCUGAAUUUCCUGGAAAGGAAACACGCUCAUUUGCAGACGGAAAAGCAAAGAAAACGAAACCAACUCUCUCUCCCUGGAGCGGUGGCCAUGGCUGCUUCUGGAGGUCCCGUCAUGGAUCUCUGCGAGGAAGCCACUUGCUCCAUCUGCCUGGAGUAUUUCCAGGAUCCAGUGAUCAUCCCGGAGUGCGGGCACAACUUCUGCCGAUCCUGCCUGAUCCUGUAUUGGGGGAAAUCCGAGGGAGAGGCUUCCUGCCCUCAGUGCAGGAAAACAGUGGAGCAAGGCAGCAUCAGGCCAAACCAGCAGCUGGCAAAUUUUGUGGAAAUAACCCAGAAAUUCAGCCAUCUGGGCGGAAAAAAGGAGGCCGAAGGAAAGGGGAGAGUUUGUGAGAAGCACCAGGAGCCCCUGAAGCUGUUCUGCAAGGAGGAUGAAGCCCCCAUCUGUCUGGUUUGUGACAGAGCCAAGGAGCACAAAAGCCACGAGGCAGUUCCUAUAGAGGAGGCGUCCCUGGAGUACAAGGAUCAGAUCAGCAGCUGCCUAGACAACAUGAGAAAGGAGAGAAAGAAAAUUCUGGUGUUUAAAGCAGAUGCAGAAAAGGAAAGCCAAGACCUGCUUAAGCAAAUGCAAGCAGAGAGGGAAAAGAUGGUGGCUGAGUUCAGGCGACUGCGCCAGUUUCUGGAAGAAAAAGAGAAGCUUCUUCUGGCCCAGAUGGCAGAAGUGGAGAAGGAGAUUGCAGCCCAAAGGGAGGAGCACCUGGCCAGACUCUCCAGGGAACUCUCCUCUCUUGACAGCCUCAUCCGGGAGAUGGAGGAGAAGCUUCAGGAACCAGCGAGUGAACUCCUGCAGGAUAUCAGAAGCUUCUUGCAGAGGUCUCAAGCGAAGGAGAACUUAGAGGCUCCUCCGGUGGCUUUUCCUCUUGUCCUGAAGUGGAGGAUCUGGGACUUUUGUGAUAUAAAUCCCUUCCUGGAGGGUGUCAUGAAGAAAUUGAGAGACACUGUGGAAUAUGGACUUAAGCUGCGAAAAGAAAACGUAACUUUGGAUCCAGACACAGCAAAUCCCCGGCUCAUCCUGUCUGAGGAUCGAAAGAGUGUGAGAUGGGGAGAAGUGCGUCAAGACCUGCCAGACAACCCUGAGAGAUUUGACACGCAUGGCUAUGUGCUGGGAUGUGAGGGUUUCACAUCAGGCAGACAUUUCUGGGAGGUCACUGUGGGAGGAGAGGAGAGGAGGAAGUGGAUGGUUGCCCUAAAGCCUAUGAAGAGGAAGGGCCUUUUCUCUUUGGGUCCUAGCUGGGUAAAAGAGCUGACAGACAUCCCUGAGAGAUUUGACAGACACUUGUAUGUGCUGGGAAGUGAGGUGUUCAAGGAAUACAGGUGUUUCUGGGACGUCUUUGUGGGGAGCGAGGGGGAAUGGGCCGUGGGGGUGGCCAGAGAAUCUGUGAAGAGGAAAGGCAAGUUCAUCGCUGGUCCUACAGAAGGGAUCUGGCGCAUAGGGAAAUGGGGUGAUCAGUACAGGGUCUCCACCUGCGAUGGGCCCCCUGUUUUGAUGCUGGGUGGGGAGCCCAAGAGGAUCCGAGUGGCCCUGAACUGUGAAGGGAGACGGGUGUCCUUUUACGAUGCUAAUACAGCAGCCCUUCUCCACUCAUUCUCGGCAGCCUCCUUCUCAGGAGAGACCCUCCAGCCCUUCUUUUACAUGUUCACCAAAGGCCACCUGACAGUCUCUUGAGUGUAGAGACAGACAAGCUUCCCAGUUCACUGCUAAGUAUGCUUCUCAGUACCAGCAGUCCUAAAUCAGCAGAGAGAUGUGCAACAUCAAAGCGCUUCAGGAGCUCUGACCCAGACAACGAAGGCAGUAACUCACAGAGGCAAUUAAGCACAGACAGAAAUAUUUUACUACCGGGUCAAAAGCAUAAUGGUUCCCUUUUACAGUUUGUCUGCUGAAGCAUUUCUUAGAGUUUUCCGGGCUUUGCUUUUUGCGACCCACAUCCCUUUCUUGCAUUCUGUCAGCUUGCCAGAUAAAUGCGGACUAAAAACAGUUUUUAUAUAGCUUCUGUUAGAACUGAAGCAGCUCCUCUCACAGAUGUGGCCUUGAUGAAAGGUCCGGCUUUCUGACAGCUUCUAGCAAUUUCCAGAAUUCUCUGGAAUCUUCAAGAACUUCCAGUUAGUUCUGGAAAGAAUGAACGCUCACCCUCACGCCAACAAUUCAUCACCAUGAUGACAUUUCAGUCGUCUCAACCAAAAUCCCAUUUUGUCAAAACAAAAAUAAAUAAAUAGAGUUUGGGAGACUGGGGGCGGUGACUGUCAGAAGGGGCCGUGUGAGAUCUCACACGAACUUCCAGAGCCCAGUAAGCAAGAUGGAGGCUCACAAUUUUGGUGCCCAAAUCCUGCUCUGUAAAUAGUUUCUAAGCCCUCCACCUUGCUUACUGACCUCCAGGAAAGGUUCCUCAAAGCAUUUGCAGGGGUCUCCCUGACUUGUCUUGCUAAUCCCCAGAACGAAAGAGCCUCUGACAGUUCCAAGGACAGAACAGAGUCAAUUUGGGGGAUUUCAGGGAGUGGUAGUAAAUUCCCAUUUAUACAAUUAUUUUCUCUAAGGUGACUUCUUGCAAACAAUCAGAAACAUCUACAGUGGUGCCUCAGGUUGUGGACCUAAUCCAUUCGGAAGUGUACUGGGCCCGGGGGUUAACCUGAGCAAUGUGGUCCAGGUCCAGUCCAGAAUCCAAGGAUUCCACGAGGAGACAGUCCGACAGGGCCGAGGCAGGACAAGAGGCAGAAAACCAGGCUAGGUCAGGCACAGGGUCUCAGGCAGGUUCUAGCAAACAACAAUGUUACUCCCACAAGCUGGGGUGGGGUCUGACAGCCUUUUAUCUUUGUUGGGGUAACCGGUCCUAAUCCCCCGGUGACUCACCUCCCUG